CGCAAACGAUACAUACGCCAGAUGAACCAGUUUCACUUAAAUUCCAUGACGAUUCAUCAGCUCAGCCUCCAUGGUGCGCUGCGGGUUUUGUACUACAUUUGAGUUGCGAAAUUGGUUAAAUUGAGAGAUGGAAGUGGAACCGCAGCAAGAGUUUGAAUGGAUUGAAGCACAAAAGAUUGCAGUGGGCGUGGACCUUGUGGCUGUGGCAAAACAACAGCUUCAGUUCCUGGCAGCUGUUGACAGGAAUCGUCACCUCUAUGAAGGUCCUGCUCUUGAAAGGGCUAUCUCUAGGUAUAAUGCUUGUUGGCUUCCGUUGCUUGCCAAACAUUCAGAGUCUCGGCUUUUUGAAGGGCGUUUGGUUGUUCCUCUGGAUUGCGAAUGGGUUUGGCAUUGUCACAGACUUAAUCCGGUGAGGUACAAAUCUGACUGCGAGGAACUUUAUGGACGAAUCUUUGACAGCUCUGAUGUUGUGUCAACUGUUCAAGGAAUUUGUGGGAGGCAAACUGAAGAGAUUUGGAAUAAAAUGUAUCCUGAUGAGCCCUAUCAUGCUGAUUUAGUGAAUAUUUCAUCAGAGGCUAAUACCAUAAGACUUGUGAAAUACACCAAAUAUGAUCUGGUUUCUGCUGCUAAGAGGCAGAGUCCAUUCUUCUACCAGGUAUCAAGACCCCACAUGAACAGUGAUGUCUUUAUCAAGGAAGCUGUGGCCCGAUAUAAAGGCUUUCUGUAUCUAAUCAAAAGAAACAAGGAGAAUGGUAUAAAACAGUUCUGUGUUCCUACAUACGACAUUGACCUAAUAUGGCACUCUCACCAGUUAUGCCCAGUUUCUUAUUGUAAAGACCUCAAAGCAGCACUUGGAAAAGUAUUGGAACAUGAUGACAUGGACCCUGAUAGAGCAAAAGGAAAGAAGUUAGAUGUUGGUUUUUCUGAAACCACCAAUCAGUGGGAAGAGACAUUUGGUAAAAGAUAUUGGAAAGCUGGGGCAAUGUAUAGAGGUAAUGCACCAUCUCCUGUGACAAGUAACCCUUUAUCUAACAUGAUGUGUGAGAAGGUUCUUUCUUCCAGCCACCAUCCUCUGGAAAUUCAACUUCAAGAAAGGAAAGUUGUGGAGGUUCUCUUGGAGUUUGUUGGGGUUAAGAACAUACCAGAGGAACAGAAAGGAAGUCUCACUGUUGCAUUUUCCAAAUCACAGCCAGAUAUAUUCUUUGAUGCUAAAAGGAAACUGAGUAUUUUGUCAGAGGCUGGAGAGAAACAGGUUGCAUCUUUCCAGUGUGAACCUACAGGAGAGCUGCACUUUGAACUCAUGUCACAUUCUUCUUCCAAUUUCUCUAGAAGAUCAUCAAAGACACUGGGUUCUGCUUCUUUGUCUAUGCAGGACUAUUUUGAUCCAGUUUCAAAACUCUCCACUGAAAAAUGGUUGGCAUUGAUGACUGAUUCUGGUACCAUGAGCUCAGAGCCAAUCUUGUUGCGCGUAGCCAUCUCAUUUACUCCCCCAGCUCCUGCUCCAUAUUCACUUGAAAUGAUUCAAUCUCGUCCAUUUUCCAAAAAUUCUUGUUUCUUCAACUUUCCUGUUAAGCAGCAUUCCAAGAGCUGGACUCAUGUGACAGAUGAAACUGGAACAAUAGUCAUCAGCCUUCAAAUGAGGGAUUUGAAGAAGGCAAGGGAUACUUGGAUAUCCGGGAAGGAGGUUAUUGGCCUUAUGAAGUCUGGCGAAACACGAACUCUUGCAGAGUUUGUGGGGAAUGGGUGGUCAGUGAUGGACAAUUUUUGGUUCUUUCACCUUCCGAACAAGUGCAGAGAUGAUGGCCAUCUCUUUGUAGUUACUGGCACAAGAAUGGUGAAAGUUUUCCCCGCAAGAAAGCUUGACUACGAAACAAGAUAUUACGGGAAACAGGGAAAUGAAAUGGACUUUUUGACAGCAGUCGAAUUCUCCACAGCAGAUCCUUAUGGCAAAGCAGUAGCUUUACUGGACUUGAGAUCUGGAUUUGUCACGGCAAAGGAAAAGUGGAUGAUCUUCCCUGGAAUUAUAUUGGCUUUUAUUGCUUCUAAUAUAUUGAAAAAAGAAGGAUAUGAAGGCAUCAUUGCUAAAAGUAAAGAUUUGAAGAUAGAUGCCAUAGAUGAAAAGAUGAAUCUCCCACAUGAAGAAAGCCGAAGCAGAGACUUGACGCAUUCAACAAUAGCAAAUGGAGCGAAAAUGAGCUGCAAUGUCACUAAUGAAGACAAGGGGACAACAGAUGACACUGAAUUGCCCGGUGGAGAGUGUGGCGAUGGUUGUGAUGGCUGUGCAGCCAGUAGUUGUGGAGGAGGCCGUGGAACGAUGGUAAAGAGUGGUGGCUGUGCAGCUGGUGGUUGUGGUGGAGGCUGUGGAACAAUGGUAAGGAGUGGUGGCUGUGCAGCUGGCAAUGGCGGGGCCAGCUGUGGAGUCAUGGAGAAAAGUGGGGGAUGUGGUAGUUGUGGUGCUGGCGGUUGUGGGGCAGGCUGUGGAACUGAAAGCAUCAAGAAGAGUAGUGAGUGUGGUGGAGGAUGCGGAGGCUGUGGCGUGCUUUUGGACGGUAAAUGUGGCAUUGAUGAACAGAACGAGAAGCCAAACCUUGUGAAUGAAGCAGUAGCUGCCUGAUAUAUAAAGAUUACUCCCUCCGGUCCCAUUUAUAAGUCCAAUUUUAGAAGGUAUAUUUGGUUUCAUUUAUAAGUCACGGUGCGUCUUUUUAGGUAAUAUUUAAGAGUAUUUUCAAAAUUACCCUUCAUGAGAGAGAAAAAGUAACAGGACAUUACUUUUUAGAUUUGUUAUAUAGGGACAUGUUUGGAAUUUUACUUACUUUUAUUCCUUGUACUUUUAUUGUAUUGGUAUUGAUGAGGUUGGUAGAAAUGACUUAUAAAUAGGACCGGAGGGAGUAUGUAUUUCUGAAUGAACCAGAACAUAUAUCAGUAAGGUUAUCGAUGCCGUACAUGUUAGUAUAUUGUAUAGCAUAAGGAAUAACGGGAUGGUAGUCAGUGACGCAUCAGUGUUACUCAAAAUAUGUAAUGUUGUAAGAUGCAUUCUCAAAACACGAAGCUGCGAAUAUCGUGAUGUCAUUGUGGACAGAUGACAUUGGUAUGGUAUGAUGUGAUGCGAUUGGUGUGUUUUGAUGUAAUUUGCAAUUGCAGCUGACAAGAUGGCUAUCAUGAAUAAAAAAUGUAAUGAAAAAGUAUUUUAGUAAA